CGCCCUCUGGCGGCGCCCUGAGGCCCCGCCCCACGGGCCGGCAGGACGGGGCGGGGCGGGGCGCUCACAGCCCAGCGCAGCCCAGCCCGGCCCCCGCAGGACUCGCCGCACGGGGAAGUGGAACGCACGCUUGGAAACAGCGCAGGUCCCAGCAGCUGGGGUUUUCCCUCAGCUCUUUGAGUGGCCAUGUCCAACCCUACUGCCCCACCUCCAUAUGAGGACCGCAACCCCCUGUAUCCUGGCCCUCCACCCCCUGGGGGCUAUGGGCAACCAUCUGUCCUGCCAGGAGGGUACCCUGCCUACCCACAACCUGGUUACGGCCACCCUGCUGGCUACCCACAGCCUAUGCCUCCCAUCCACCCGAUGCCCAUGAACUACGGCCCUGGCUAUGAUGGAGAGGAGAGAGCAGUGAGCGACAGCUUUGGGCCUGGAGAGUGGGAUGACAGAAAAGUCCGACACACAUUCAUCCGAAAGGUUUACAGCAUCAUCUCCGUCCAGCUGCUCAUCACGGUGGCCAUCAUUGCUAUCUUCACCUUUGUGGAGCCAGUUGGCCAAUUCGUGAGGAGGAAUGUGGCUGUGUACUACGUGUCCUAUGCUGUCUUCAUCGUCACCUACCUGACCCUUGCCUGCUGCCAGGGACCCAGGCGCCGGUUCCCAUGGAACAUCAUCCUGCUGACUCUCUUUACUUUUGCCAUGGGCUUUAUGACAGGCACCAUUUCCAGUAUGUAUCAGACCAAAGCUGUCAUCAUUGCAAUGAUCAUCACUGCUGUGGUGUCCAUUUCUGUCACCAUCUUCUGCUUUCAGACCAAGGUGGACUUCACCUCGUGCACAGGCCUCUUCUGUGUCCUGGGAAUUGUGCUGAUGGUGUCUGGGAUUGUCACUAGCAUUGUGCUGUACUUCAAAUAUAUUUACUGGCUCCACAUGGUCUAUGCUGCUUUGGGGGCCAUUUGUUUCACCCUGUUUCUGGCUUAUGACACACAGUUGGUCCUGGGGAACCGGAAGCACACCAUCAGCCCAGAGGACUACAUCACGGGUGCCCUGCAGAUCUACACAGAUAUCGUCUACAUCUUCACCUUUGUGCUGCAGCUGUUGGGAGAUCGCAACUGAGGAGCCCCCCGUUUCACCCUCGCUGGGUUCUCCCUUCCCCAGAGGGCUGGGCCCUGUGACUGGGGUCUGGGCCUCAGACACUUUUUUCUUCCCCUCAAGUAACAUACCCAGUUUCCUUUCUGUCCAGGAGAUGGGUAACCUCUCUGGCUGUGGAGGUGUGGGAACCUGUGGUGGGCAGUGGGUGCUGGGACAGUUCAGAUCUGUUAGUGGGCUUGGCAGGAAUGAGGCUGAGGAUGUGUCUUUUGCCCUCUACCCACAAUAUGGCACCAAACUCUUAGCACUUGGGUGUGUGUGUGUGUGAAAAGAGCCCAUUCUAUUAACUGAGAGGAAAUGUGAACACAGAAGGGACUUUAAGGUGCAGGGCUUCCCCUCCCAAUCUGUCACGGGCUUCUAGCCUAGGUAGCUGGAGCCUGUUUCCCUCCUAAACCCAGUAAAGCCAGACAGUAUUAUCCCCACCUCCUGGACUACAGGCCAUUACUCUAUACUCCUUAGACUUGGUACCUUUUAGCUCAGAAUGGUAAAAGAGAUCUGUGCCCAGGGGCCUCUGCACUCUAACCCCAUCUUGUUUUUAUAACAUGUAUGUAUUGUUUAUCUAGGUUAGGGCUGGGGGGAAGAAGAGAUGAGCAAAGUACAGGAGCUAAUACAAAGAGCAUCUCCUCUGAGCUCCCUCCAGGCUUGGAUGGUGUGAGAGAGCAGACCAUUUGGAGCCUUCUGGUCCCCAUUCUCCAAAGUUGCCUGGGACUUCCCUGGGUGCUUCUGAGGUCUUUUGCUUUCUCUGCUCAGGCAGGUAGAGCAGAAAGUGAGGGACAAGAGUCAGUAAACAGAGUAGUUUGUAUGAUCAGGAGUGUGGCAUGGAAGUAGCCAGGGUGAGGAGAUGGGUGGAGGCUUGGAAAAUGCCUUGGGGCCUCCAGAGCCAGUUUGAGAAAUACUAAAACCCACCUCAGUGCCCAAGGAGACUUUAAUGCUCUUCCUUCUGCUAACAGGAAGGGCCCUGAGGGCAAGGUGACUGCCUCUCAGCCUGCUCUGAACUCCCACUGGGGGGCUUUUCACCACCUCUCUAGUCAGCCACUGCCUUCUUUGUAAUACAAGUGCCUCAAGCUGGAAUAGGGGAGGGGACAGGGUCAGUCUAUUGGGUAGAGGCGGAAACCACAUCAACCCAAGGAUAUAAUUAGGACUUCUUUAUUGAGUACUUGAUCCUAAAUAUAUCACACAAAGGGACACAAUUACAAAUGUUAUUAAAGUUUUGUUUAGAAGUUAAA